AAAUUUAAUAGUAAACCAGUUACAAAAAAUAUGCAUAACUCUUUAUAAACAAAAAUAAUUGGGACAAUUGCUAAAUGUAAUAUUGGAAUAUGUGAACAUUAUUCAAUUUUAUUUGUUAAUUCUUUGGAGAUUAUUCCGAAUAACAUAGUAGCUUCCAAAAAUACCUAAUACAAAUUACGGAAGUUAUAAAUUAAAAUGGCUCGCAACGUAAAUGCGACGUUAUGAGUCUACUUCGACACAAAGUUUGAAUUGAUAAUGCGUGUGACGUGUGAGCAAACUAAGCCAUUUAUUGCCACUGAAUAUCGCAAACAGCUAUUAAUAUUGUAACCAUUGAAGAUGUAGCGUCGUUUUAGUAUAAAAGAUAUACUGCCAAACAUUACGUUUUAAUUGGAAACUUGUACUAUAGAUAAAUCUCAAAAUGUGUUCAGUAUCCGAGUCAUCGAGUAGAAGAAUACAAUAUUUGGCGGGACUCAGCGUUUCCUUUGCGUUUACAUUCACUGGUGCUGUAUUAUCAUGGCCUUCGCCAGCGAUUCCAAAGUUCAAAAACGGUGAAGCAAAUGUACAAAUAACUGACGAACAAAGCUCUUGGGUCGUUGCUCUAUGCCCUCUUGGUGCGUUACUCGGCUGCUAUUUUGGGCAAGUUUUAAAUGAGAAACUUGGUCGCCGCCGUACAAUUCUCGCUUCAGUACUGCCGGGAUUAAUAGGUGCGCUCUUAAUCUUGUUUACAAAGACACCAUGGCUUAUGUGCGUCGCGAGAAGUAUCAUUGGUGUGGGAAAUGGGAUUACAGCUGUGGUAACAAUGGUAUAUAUAACGGAAAUAGCUGACAAAGAAAUUCGCGGAGCUCUGGGAAUGUUGGUUCAAGUAAUGAUGAACAUAGGCAGCUUAUUAGUCUAUAGUAUUGGACCUUUUGUGUCCUAUACGGUACUUAACUCUAUAGUAUUAUCUUUUGUUAUCCUCUAUGGAAUUGCGUGUUUAUGGGUUCCCGAAUCUCCGUACUAUCAUUUGAAAGACGGAAGGCUGGCGCUUGCAAAAAAGGAGUUUAUGUUCAUUAAAGGCACAAAGGAUGAUAAGUGGGCAAGCGAGGAGCUAGCGAUAAUGAGAAGUCAUGUAGUAGAGAGUAUGGCUAAUAAAACUACAACUAAAGAGCUCUUUACCAACAUGAGAUAUCGGAAAGCACUCUAUGUUGUGGCAGGUUUAAAGGUUCUUCAAUAUAUGACGGGUACAUGUGCCAUACAGGCAUAUUUAGAGCCAAUUUUUCGCCAGAGUAGUUCCGUUUCCGGUCCCUACGUAAGCAUUGUCCAUGGAUUCGUUCAACUUGCUGCUGGUAUCACCGCUACAUUCCUCACUGGCUGUGUAGGACGACGUGUGCUAAUGUUGACAUCUUCGAUCGGUGUUGCCAUAUCACUAACAGCGGUUGGCAUAUAUUUUUUCCUUCAAGAUUACUAUCAGUUAAGCGCUCAAACGCUUUCAUCAAUAUCUGCAAUCCCUCUCGUAGGCGUUUUGGGAUUUAAUAUUCUAUAUAGUAUUGGUUUAGGAAAUCUACCUUAUAUAAUGCAAGCAGAGUUAUUUCCCAUUAAUGUUAAAACUAUAGCGUCCAGUUUGGCGACCAUGAUGGCCGCAAUAUUAAAUUUCUUCGUGACGAAAUCAUACCAGGGCAUAAAAGACUUUUUUGGACAUUAUACAGUGUUCUGGUCGUUUGCGAGUAUCGCGUAUUUUGGUAUAUUUUUUAUAUAUUUCUUUGUACCGGAGACUAAGGGAAAGACUUUGGAAGAGGUUCAAGAUAAUUUGAAUGUGGAGGCUGUGGAAUUGGAGCAGUUGAAUAAAGAGAAACAGAAAGAAUAAUGUUCUGUAUGUGUUUACAAUG